UUACGCCGCCCGCCCUGCGCCGCGCUGCCGCCCAGCCAAAACAUUACUCAACUAAACACAAAUAAAUAAUCCCCCAAUCUCUAUCAAUUGCUCACUUCUUACAACGUGUCGAAGCCGUUUCUACAGUGAUUCGUUACCAAAUAAACUUAUCGCAAUUAAGUAAAGAUUAAGAUACAAUAUUUUCGUUUUAGUACCGUGAGAUGAACCACGAAUUUAUCUUUCUUGUGGAUAAUUAUGUAGAGAUUUUCUUCCUUACCUAUCAGCAAAUUUUAUCAUCGGGUUUGUAAGGAACCUAUCUGCGGGGAUCCUUACGGUAUGACAACUUCCAUUUGCUAUUGAAACCUUGCCAAACAAUCAAAGGCAUUUAUUAAAUAACAAAAACAAGAGUGGAGAGAAAAAGUAUGGCGUAUAAAAGGAGAAAUAUGACCGCUAUUCCAAGGACAACGCGAUACUUGGUAAUGGCAACGGCGCUAAUACUCUCAUUAGUCGGAGCCUGUUUCUGCGAAGUCACUUUAGCCGCCAAGGAUGGGAUUAAAGCUAGCUCCAGUUCCGAAGCUCCGUUGACUACGGGCUUUAUAAGCGAGACAAAGCCGAGUACGAAGCCAUUAGAAUUCACUGCAGCUCCAACUGAAACUUCAACUACAAACGAAACCACUAAAAUAACAAAGGCGUACGUUUCGAGCGAGAGCCCGACCACCGUUUCGCAUUCAACGACUAAAGUAUACGCGAGCACAAAAGGCGUAGUGAAAAGUGCAAGGAAGCAAAAGUUAAACAGUAGUUCUAGUGCUCUCGGGACUGCGGCGCAUUCACCAGCGCGGCUUCAAGAGCGCCUCGGGGCCGUAGAUUGCGAUCUGCCCGUGCUGCCGCGCGAGUCGCGCCUGUGGCGCGGCAACGAGACGCAUGAACUCAAUCUGCCGGUCACGAUGGCGGAGGACUGCGCGGGAGGGGCGGCGGGGGAGGACGAGUGCCCCCCGGUCAUCGUGUCGUGGGAGGGCUCGGCUGAUAUCCAGAUCGGAGACAUCCUUAUCGUCCGCAUCUCCGACUCCUUGCUGCUCGACACCUUCGGUCAGCAGAUCGAAAGGAACACCACUUUAGAUGUGAACGCUUCGCACAGCGAUAGGGAAAGGAAGCACUCAGUGCUUCAGCCAGCCGUGUACCAAGUGACGAGGCAGGGCCACGAGCACUGCGACGUGUCGGACGGCAUGUUGCUGGACAUCACGCCACUAGACGAGGGCGGCGCUAAACUCUUCACGCUCUACGACAAGGAUUUGGCUGAAGGCGUCAACUUACUGAUCGUCGUCUCCGAGAACUGGGGCUCGAAGUGUGUUCGAUUAAAAGUAACUGUCAAGUCGGACAACUGCGGAGACUCGCAGGAUUGUUCCGGGAAAGGCGUGUGCUACACCAACGUGUCGAUGGAAGGCUACGAGUGUCAGUGCUGUCCCGGGUCCGCCGGGCCGCACUGCGAGGAGCGGGACGCGUGCCAUCCAUCACCCUGCCUGAAUAACGGCGUUUGUGUCGAACUGUCACAGCCUCUCGACGGUGUCUACUAUACCUGCACCUGUCCAUAUGGUUUUUCUGGCAAGAGAUGCGAAAAAGAUCCUUGCUCGACAGCACCCUGUUUGAACGGGGGAUCUUGUAUGACCAUGGCCAUGAACGGGACUACGAUCUUCCACUGUGCCUGUGUCGACGGCUGGGCUGGUUCACGCUGCGAGCUGUCUGUAGCUGGCGGCGCUUGCGCUUCUAACCCCUGCGUCAAAGGGAUCUGCAUAGAGCAAACAGAUAAUGACAUCGAGCCACAGCCCUAUCGCUGCUUCUGUCAACCUGGCUACACUGGAGAGCGCUGCGAGCUAGAGUACAACGAGUGCGAGUCGUCGCCGUGCGCGAACGGAGGCACGUGCAACGACCGCGUAGCCGGCUUCGCGUGCACGUGCGGUCGUGGGUACACUGGACACCUCUGCCAGCUAAAGGUGGACCUGUGCGCUCCCAACCCGUGCCCGCCGCGCCGCUACUGCAUGGACCGCGGCAACAACUAUGUCUGCGAGUGUCCCCGCGGCUUUGUGGGCGACGAGUGCCAUAUACCUACUCGAUCUGCUUGCGACAACAACCCUUGCGCUCACGGCGGCACGUGCUGGAGCGGCGUCGACUCCUUUUACUGCUCCUGCCGCCCAGGUUACACCGGCAAGCUCUGUGAAGAGGACUUCAUCCUGGAGUCGGUGGUGAGCGACGAGAGCGGCAUGAGCGAAUCCCGCGGCGGGGGCUCAGUGCGCGAGGUGCGCCUGCCACUCGGCCUGUACCACGACCGCCUGCAUAACGUCUACAUCGCUGCCGGCACGCUGGGAGCGGCCAUAGCUAUCGUCGGCGUGGUGGUCACAGCAUGUCACUGUCGCGUGAACAAAACAUACUCUCGACUGCUGUCCCGGCUGUCCCGAGUGACCGAGUCGGGGCCACCGCACCACUGGCUGCAGGACAAGCGCGCGCCUCCCCUCUCCGCACCCUUCCCUCCCCCCUCCGCCGCCCUCGACACCACCGACAUGUAUUACACCCUCGACUUCAGCGACAGCCAGAGCUCCCCGCUCAUACAAUAGCAAUCACUUCAGAACUGCUCCGACGGGGAACGGUUCAGAAUUCAAAUCUAAACGCCAUUAUUGGGCUGCCAAAUACCUAUUAACUUCUUGAUCCUAAUCUCAAAUGUGUCCCAACAAAAUUUCUUCUCUAAAAUAUCCGAGAAACAAAUGAAGAAACAGUUUUCUCCAGGAAUGUUGGGUAAUAAUUAAAAUUAUGGUGUGAUUACUUUGUUUGAAAUCUAUCAUCACUUGUUGGGUUGCUCAUAAAAUUGCGGCUAGUUUAGUAAUUUAUCAAAAGAUAUUAACUGAUUAAUUACCAUUAUUUAGAAAUAAACAUUCAGUAAUAAAGUAUCAGCUGACUCACCACUACAAAGUAUGAUUCAGCGCAGCUUGCACGUAUGGUAAAUAAAAUUGUCGUUUGACUGGAUAAUUAAUGAUAUGACUCAUAUAAUUAAUCUUGGAUUAUACCUAAUCAAGAACAAACAAAUAUUAAAUUCAAUAAACAUUUUAAAUAGUAGAAUUCUUCCAUUCCCAGAGCAUACUCGUAGAUAAAAAACAACAGCUUUUAAAUUUAACUAUGGACGUUACGUAGAGCUAGACGGAUAAAAGAGAUACGAUAAGCUAUUACUUAGUAAGAUGUUAAGUUUGUUUGUAUUUGGUGUACAUUGUCAACGUACGCCCUUCUCUGAAAACUAUUUCGAUGUAUUCAGCUCUUCCUCUUUACUGGCUCUCGCAUUUCGCAUCAGGCCCGUAUUUUGAAAGACAAAUUCGAUUCAAACGUCAGUGUGCUUACCAUGAGUUUACAUUAGGUGUGCUCGCUAGCGACUGCGUAAAAAAAUGACAUUAUA